UAUUCCACCACUCAAAAAUAAUUGAACAGACUGCUUCUGACCAGCACAUUCACCAGCAAAGAAGCUUCUCCAAGACUCUAAAAAACGAUGAAGGCACUGUAUAUGGUAUUUGUCCUCUGGGUUCUUAUAGGAUGUUUCCUGAGAUGUAAAGAAAGGAUGGGGUCAGAAGAAAAGCAAGCACAGGAAGAUCCUGGGGAUCAAGAUCUUUAAAAGGCUACUGAAAGAUGAAGCCACUGUGUUUGGUCUUUGGCCUCUGUGUUCUUAUAGGAUGCUUCCUUUCUAGUGAGUGCCAAAGAGGCUUCAGAGGACAGCAUGAUCCUACAAGACCACUAUCUCCUUCAAAUCCUUCUUCUCAUUUUUAUCCUCAGCCUGAUCCCAAUCGUGUACAGAUUUCUCAACCAGACAAUAUCCCCAUUUUCAUGUUUGAACAACCACAUUCUCUUAAUAUUUGUGUUCCUCCUCCUCCUUUAUACCUUGGAGAAGAAUUUGAAAAACUACCUCCUAAUACUCAUAUUCCUUAUAUACUAAUACGUCCAGAUAUUGAACCUCCAAGCAAAUAUAUUCAACCAGUUCCCAGAAAAAAAUCAAAUGCAACACCAGCUGCCAAUAACUUUAUAACUACUGCUACUGCCCCCAAUUCUACUGAUAGCUUUUGAAGGUGGUGGCAAAUAAAAUUAUCCUUUUGGCAGUCAGAAUAAUAUAAACCAAACCUCUGUAGAAUUUUGUGAGAAAUAAUCUUUAAAGUCUUAAGAAACAACCUUUACCCUACCAUUAUAGAAAGUGAAAAUAAAGAGCUGAGCAGCAUAAUAAAGC